AUCAAGUUAGGAUUCGGAGUAUCCAAUUUAAGAUAAACCAAAUCACUGAUUUAACAAGAUGGGAUUUGCAGUAUCCAGUUGAGGUGUAUACCUCAACAAUUCUUUGAAAUUUGCUUUCCACUGUCAUUUUUUGUUUCAAAAGAAUCAAAUCAUGUUUUAACCAUUAAAUUUAGACAGCAAGUAGUGUCGUUUUGGCCUCACAACAUCUGAAACUCAGCAUACAAAUACAGAUCAGCGUAUUCACACGAAGAAGAGGACACCAUCGUCUUCGUUCUCGCCGCCCAGUUGCUUCUACACGCGUCACAUAACUUCUCAAAGAUGGGUUUCAUUGUAGGAACCCUAAUCUUCGUCGCCGUCGGGAUAAUAGCUUCUUUGUGCGUUAUAAUCUGCUUCAACAGAGGCCCCUCCACGAAUCUGCUACAUCUUACUUUGAUCAUCACUGCGACAGUCUGCUGCUGGAUGAUGUGGGCGAUUGUGUAUCUUGCGCAGAUGAAACCUAUGAUUGUUCCAAUCCUAAGCGAAGGAGAGUAGUAGAGAAACUUAUGUGUUCAGCUGAGAUACUCGGAAGAUUUCAUCGAAGGCAAAAGCUCCCCAUCGUGAAUCCUGCAUCCUUAUGUAGUUGUGUUCAUCAGCAAUCAUCUGAGGUCCUAGGUGAGUUAAUAAGCAGGAGUACUCAUCUAUAAAACGGAGUUAUAUUUUGAGUCAAAAUGUCUUACUACUACUACUACAAAAAAAAAAAGGUAGGUCUAUGCUUAUCCAUGUUUGUAAUAAAAGUAUUGCAACAGAAUGCAUCAUACAUAAAAUGAUCAGGUCCCAUUUGGCAAGAUGGGUUGACCCGAUCACUAGUUUAUAUAAUACUACCAAAAGAUCAUUAGUAAUAGAUAACACUUUUCACCAUAAAACAAGUUCUCUUUUUAACAAGAGGUUUGGUCCUUUCAAGCUUGGUAUACACUAAGUUCAUAUACAGCUCAAUUUCAAGAUACCAUCACUAAUUAAUAAUUA